GUUCCGGGGCAGCGGCUGCUGGUGGCGUUGUGACGGGGAAGCGGAGCGGUCUCGGUUUUGUUCGGCAGUGCGCACGCGUCCGCGUCUCCUUCCGCGCGGCGCCUGAGGGCUGAGAGCGAGACGGCCGCGCUCGGCGGCAGCAGCAGCCCGCGCGGAGCCACCCCCUCGGCCCGGCUUGGCUCGGCGGGAUGUUCAAGAACACGUUCCAGAGCGGCUUCCUGUCCAUCCUCUACAGUAUCGGGAGCAAACCGCUGCAGAUCUGGGACAAGAAGGUGCGCAAUGGUCACAUUAAGAGAAUCACGGAUAAUGAUAUCCAGUCACUGGUGCUGGAGAUUGAAGGAACCAAUGUCAGUACCACGUAUAUCACGUGUCCUGCUGACCCAAAGAAAACGCUGGGAAUCAAGUUGCCCUUUCUGGUGAUGAUAAUCAAGAACCUGAAGAAGUACUUCACAUUUGAAGUACAGGUGCUGGAUGAUAAAAAUGUGCGCCGGCGAUUCCGUGCCAGCAACUACCAGAGCACAACCCGUGUGAAGCCCUUCAUCUGCACCAUGCCCAUGCGGCUGGAUGAUGGCUGGAAUCAGAUUCAGUUCAACCUGUCCGACUUCACUCGCCGAGCGUACGGCACCAACUACAUUGAGACCCUGAGAGUGCAGAUCCAUGCAAACUGUCGCAUCCGCAGAAUUUACUUCUCAGACAGGCUGUACUCAGAGGAUGAGCUUCCAGCUGAGUUCAAGUUGUACAUCCCUGUCCAAAACAAGGCCAAGCAAUGAUGGUACUUUUCUGGGAAGCCAUCGAAGAGAUGGACUCUGAAGACGGGUGGAACUUUUUUUAUUAUACAACAUUUAGGUGUUGAUUUGCAUAGAAUAACUGUUAUUUAAUAAAGCUAUUAUCUCUAACUCUGGGGCAGGACACCGCUAACCAUGUCAUUGUUGGACGUGAGGAACGACACUCCUGAUCAGGCUUUUGGUUUAAAGCCAGCCCCUGUGGACGUGCAGGACCUGACCUGUGAGGCCACCAUCCUGUGACCUAUUCGGAUGCCAACAGCUUCCUCUAUAUUUUUUAUUUUGCUCUUCCUGUGUCGUUUGGUAUCUGCUAUACAUGUGUGUGGCCUGCUCUCCCUCCAGAAGCAAUUAUUAAAUAUUUGAUUCUCUUUGUAA